AUGGAUAUGAUCUCCAAACCGAAUCUGAAAAAUGUCCAAACCCAGGUCGACACAAAGGACAUUCAACCCGCUCCUAGUGGGGGAGUUGCUAUUCAGGUCACUGGUAAACUGACGAUGUCUGGUGAUUAUUUGCCAUUCGCUCGGAUGUUUGUUCUCCAGCCUAUGCCCGGCCAGGAAGGGGGCUUCUUCGUGUACAACGAUAUCUUCCGACUACGCGUCUAA